GUAUUUGUUUUUUCGCUACUGGCUUACGUCUGGCGUGCUUGCCGCGCUGCUAUUGGAGGUGCGGCACGUCAAUCACCCGACGGAGGAGAGAAAAGGGGCAGCGCUGCUCCUCUACUCUGCUAUUCGACGCCAGCCGCGUCGUGAUCUUCUGUGGAUCCGUGGGUGGACAGCCGCCUACCCCUGUUUACUUCACCGUCACCACCCCCUCCUUUCCGGCGCUGAGGUCCUUGUCCAGCUCUACACGGGCCACUUACGACCAUUUUCAUCGUUAUUUACUUAUCGGCCAACUCGUUUACGUUUGGUCGAGUUAAAGCCUGGCGAACGACGUCGAGAGUAUAUCUCGGAGAGGGUUAAGCUAGGCGGGGUGGUGGUGUUGGUGUUGUUGGCGGUGGGGGUGGAUUUCCCCGUUUCCUUCGUUCCCGGCCCUGGGGGAAAUACCGUACUCGACGUCAUACGAGUAAUGUAUCGGGACUAUGACACGCGUGGGAAGUAGCUCGAACGGAGGCCGUGCUUCCCGGUGGCGGAGACAUUUCUCGGGGUGAUUGUCGACCAGGAAAGGGAGCCGGAGAGCGGCUAGGCUAGGGCCAAGCUAGUUGGGCUAGCUGGCUAGUUCGAGGAAGUUGGGCGAGCCGGGACAAAGAGUUGAAAAUCGAGCCUUUGGCUUUCAAAUCCGAGGCGGGUGAGUCGCCGACGUUCGGAUUCUGAAGAGGAGGACAAAGAUUCAGCAGCUGUGAACAAAAGGCUCCCCUUCCACCUGCUUCUACCGCGUAACUUUCACGGGUAUCCCCUUCUCUCCUCCCCCAACAUGGAUUUAAAGACGGCGGUGUUCAACGCGGCAAGAGACGGGAAGCUCCGCUUGCUCGAAAAGCUCCUGGAGAACAAAGACGUACGCGAGGUGACCAAGCUGAUGGGCGAGAAGACGAACGGCGCAACGCCGCUCCUCAUGGCCUCCCGCUACGGCCACCUGGACCUGGUGGAGUACCUGCUGGAGUGCUGCCGUGCGCCCGUCGAGGUCGGCGGCUCGGUCAACUUCGACGGGGAGACCAUCGAGGGCGCCCCGCCGCUGUGGGCCGCUUCGGCCGCCGGCCACCUGAAGGUAGUGCAGUCGCUGCUCGGCCACGGAGCCUCCGUGAACAGCACGACGCUGACUAACUCGACGCCUCUGCGGGCGGCUUGCUUCGACGGCCACCUGGACAUCGUCAAGUACCUGGUGGAGCACAAGGCCGACCUGGAGGUGGCCAACAGGCACGGGCACACAUGUCUGAUGAUCUCCUGCUACAAGGGACACAAGGAGAUCGCGCAGUACCUGCUGGAGAGAGGCGCCGACGUCAACAGGAAGAGUGUCAAAGGCAACACGGCACUUCACGACUGCGCCGAGUCGGGCAGUCUGGAGAUCAUGCGUAUGUUGCUGCAGUACAGGGCGUCCAUGGAGCAGGACGGCUACGGCAUGACGCCACUGCUAUCCGCCAGCGUCACGGGCCACACCAACAUUGUCGACUACCUGACCGCGCACCACCAGACGAGCCACAAGGAACGCAUCGACGCCCUGGAGCUCCUGGGAGCCACGUUUGUAGACAAAAAGAGAGACCUGCUGGGAGCCUUGAAAUACUGGAAGAAAGCCAUGGAAUUCAGAUACAUGGACGGCAACAGCGUGGUCCAUAAACCUGAACCCAAGCAGCUGAUUAUGGCGUACGACUAUGCCCGGGAGGUGACAAAUGCUGAGGAACUGGAAGGGCUCAUAUCAGACCCCGACGAGAUGCGCAUGCAGGCCCUGCUCAUCCGUGAGCGAAUCCUGGGCCCGCAGCACCCGGAUACGUCCUACUACAUUCGGUACCGUGGCGCCGUCUACGCCGACUCGGGCAACUUCGAGCGCUGCAUCAACCUGUGGAAGUACGCCCUAGACAUGCAGCAGAGCAACCUGGACCCCCUGAGCCCCAUGACGGCAUCCAGCCUGCUGUCGUUCGCCGAGCUCUUCUCCUUCAUGCUGCAGGACCGCGCCAAGGGCCUGCUGGGUACGUCUGUGUCCUUCGAGGAUCUGAUGGGCAUCCUGUCCAAAAGCGUGCUGGAGAUUGACCGCGCCGUCCGCCAGAGGCGCUCGCUGCCGCCGGACCCAGCCCAGCUUAGCAAGGCGCUGUCCAUCAUCCUGCACCUCGUCUGUCUGCUGGAGAAGGUGCCGUGCACCGUGGAGCAAGACCACUUGAAGAAGGAGACCAUCUAUAGGUUUCUAAAGCUGCAGCCGCGCGGCAAGAAUGGCUUCAGUCCGCUCCACCUCGCGGCCGACCGUAACACCACCUGCGUGGGCCGCUACCCGGUCUGCAAGUUCCCCUCGCUCACAGUCACCGCCAUCCUGCUCGAGUGCGGCGGCGACGUCAACAGCCGAGACGACGACGACAACAGCCCACUGCACAUAGCCGCGUCCAAUGGCCACGCCGACAUCAUGAACCUGCUGGUGUCGGGCGGCGCUCACUUCGACAGCACAAACGCCUUCCGGCAGACGGCCUGCGAACUCCUGGACGAAAAGGAGUUGGCGCGCAACGUCGUCCAGCCCAUCAAUCACACCACGCUGCAGUGCCUGGCCGCCCGCGUCAUCGUCAAGCACGGCCUCCGCUACCAGGGGAACAUCCCGGAAAAACUGGAGGCCUUCGUGGUGCUCCACAGAUAAUGACUGGAAACGGAUAAAUAAAAAGCGGAUUGAACUCCAAAUGAAUUGAACAAACAGGAUUGGAUUAACGACAUGGAUUUAUGCUUUUGUUUUUUACUUUUUAGGUUUUUUUUUUGCUCCGGAAAAAGAAACGUUUUGGCAUAUUCACACAAAUGCUAUUUAUUCUCACAGAAUGACACUUGAGAGAUUUUUCUCCAUGCAACAAAAACUUUUUUUUUUUUUUUUUGGGGAACAUUUGCUGGGAUUUCAGGUCUUUCAUUUUUCUUGCCAACAACUUUCUCAAUCAUGUUUUUUUUCUCUUUUUUUUUUUUUUUUUACAAAGCUGGUGUGGAUUCCACAGAAGUCAUAAAAAAAAAAAAGCUUUACAUUUACGAGGCUGGCUUGGGGGUCCGCUAACACCAUAAGUGCUUUAUUCUAUUCCUUCUAUGCACAGGCUAGGCUGUUGGAAAGAGACUGUUUUUCAUUCACUCGUCUGUGCAAUAUCUCAUUUGUGUUUACCUCAUCGCUCCCGUCGGGACUCCCAUUUUGUCCGAUCCCAAAAUGGCCGCCGCUGGACAACAGUGUUCCGACAUGGCUGUCGCUGAUGGUCCCCCCCCCCCCCCCCCCAAUUCACAACAGUAAUGCUUUGCAAAUGAUCACGUUUGCACAUUCUCGCUGUUUUUAAAAGACGUGUGGCUUGAGGAGGGCAGAGAGAAGAAAAAAGGGCUUUUUCGUCAUAUCGCAGUGGAUACAUUUUUUUCCCCCGUUUUUCUUCCACCGAACAGUUUGAAAUAGGGGAAGAAAAAGAGUAUGACGACUCCCAGGGGAAACUUGGUCUGAAUCAGCACUUUACUCUCAACGGAGAUUAAGAUUGGUUACGGCAUUAAUCCUGUUCACAUCUUAAUGAACCAAUUUGACAAUAAAACCAUGUUGCACUUG